AUGAGGAGCUCCUCGUACAGCCAGAAGACCGCAUCCAUGAGCUGGUCCAGCAGGAGUGGCCCGAGGCUCCGGGUCCCCUCCCCGGCACCCCCAGAGGCCCGAGCAUCCGAGAAGGAGGAGAUGCAACAACUCAACAGCUGCCUGGCCAGCUACAUUGACAAGGUGAGGGGCCUGGAGCAGCGCAACUCCCAACUGAGGGAAGAGCUAGCAGGCCUGAAGGCCCAGCUCAAGGUGCCCCAGGGAAUAGGGGACGAGUAUCAACAGCAGUUUAAGGAGCUCAAGGAGCUGAUUGAGCAACUCACCCAUGAGAAAGGGCUGGCCGAGAUCGAGAUGGGCAACACCAAGGAGGAGGUUGAUCUCUGGACGGUGAAAUGUCAAGAGCAGCUUGACCUUCAAGAUGAAGCGGAGAGGAUCCUGAGGGAGUUCCAGAAGGAUGUGGAUGAUGCCAGUUUUCAAAAAACUGGCCUGGAGAGAACCAUUGAGCAGCUCGUGGCAGAGAUUGACUUCCUGAGAAAGUUGCACGAGGACGAAGUGGCUGAUCUGGUCCGACAAAUCGAAGAGUCCAAAGUCUCGGUGGAACUGGACUCAACCCGUCCUGAUCUGAGAGCUGCCUUGCGUUCCAUGCGGGCGCAAAUGGAAGAGAUUUCUGCCAAAAACCUCAAGGAAGCUGAGGUUUGGUACAAGACCAAGUUUGACAGCCUCCGGCAGCACGCCACCAAAUACGACAUCCAGAUCCAGAGCACGAAGGAUGAGCUCAGCAUCUUGCAGCAGCAGGCGGUGGAUUUGGAGAGUGAGAUCGGGACCAUGAGGAGUACCAUCCAGUACCUGGAGAACCAGCUAGAGGGCAUGGAGGCCAGCCACCUAGAGAAGGUCGCAGGUCUGCAAGGCCUCAUCACCCAACUGGAAUUCCAACUGAGAGAAACUAAAACAGAGAUGGCACAAUAUCUUCAGGAAUACCAGCAACUGCUCAAUGUCAAGCUGACACUGGACGCUGAGAUCACUACCUACCGGAAGCUGCUGGAAGCAGAAGAGGACAGGCUGGGAUUAUUAAGUGAGAACUCUGCAGGUAUUUCCCCUGUUACAAGAGAGGGGAAAGGAGAAUCCGUCCCUGCUAACAUAGAAACACAUACAGCUCACGAAGUGAUUGCCUAG